AUGGGUGACAAAGAGGAAGCAGCAGGUGAUGAGAACACUGGACGUGGAAACGAUUGGGAAGUUGUCUCACUUACAGCUUCAGCUUAUGCUGCUGCUCCUGGUCCCAAACAAGUUGACUUGAAAGACGAUGAAAAGGAAGUUACUCGUCACGAAGCAGAGACAUCUCACCCUUUAUACAUGUCUCGCCACUUCGUUUUCCCAUCGAGCGAGCACGAGAAUAUCGCCACGGAAUCUAGUGAGCUUACCGAGAUUUGUGAUGAUGAUAAGGCAAGCAAGAAGAUGGAUUCCGGAUUCUCUUUGGAACAAGAAACCGGGUCUCGCGGGAAGGAAGAUGGAGAUUUGAAUCUGAAAGGGUUGAACUUAUCAGAUGAGUUCCCGGGACUCGAGUUUUUCGAGGACAAAGGCAAAAGAGAAGAAAACAUUUUCAUGAGUUCUCUGCACGACGAAAGAGCUAUUGGUGGAUCUCAUGUCUAUGAACAGAACGAACCUGUUCAUGAACCGACUGAGCCAGUCACUCCACGUCUUGUUGUUCCAGAUGUUUCAGCUGAUUUGAAUCCUGCUAAAGAUGAGAAGCAUGAAGUAGCAAACGUGAACGACGCCCCACCUUGCGAAGCUUGGUGGAAAAGAAGUGCUGCGUCUUUGAUUUCACAAGCGAAAGAAACAAACACAGUUUGGUCGAUCUUCAUAGCUGCAGCUGUAAUGGGGAUUGUGAUCCUUGGCCAACGCUGGCAACAAGAGAGGUGGCAGAUUUUGCAGCUCAAGUGGGAAUCAAGCAUUGGAAACGAGAAAGCUGGAAGAUUGAUGGGACCAAUAUCGCGAUUGAAACAAGCUUUUGUCGGGGGACAUCGAAGGGAUUCUUUCAUCCGAGUCAGCUCCCAAAACGACUGUUAA